GGCGCGGCGCCCGGGAGGGACCUGCGUCGGCCUCGGCUUCCAGGCGGGCACGGCCCGAGCGGCGGGCGGCGAUGAUCCCCGAGGAGAGGCCGGACGGCCCGGGAGCCGGCGAGGAGAGCGCGAGGCUGCAGGAGGCAGGCAGCGUUCGCAAGGGCUCUGACCCCCUGGCCCAGACACCACGUGGCCGCCCGCAGAGCCGCAGGGCCCGGGUCCACCAGCAGAUCACCAAGGAGCUGCGGAUGCGAACGGGUGCUGAGAACCUCUAUAGAGCCACCAGCAACGCCUGGGUCAGGGAGACAGUGGCCCUGGAGCUGAGCUACGUCAACUCCAGCCUGCAGUUGCUGAAGGAGGAGCUGGAGGAGCUCAACGGCAGCAGCGUGGAGGCUGACCGGCCCGAGGGCGAAGGUAUCACUGUCCCUAUGAUCCCCCUGGGGCUGAAGGAGACCAAGGAGCUGGACUGGUCCACACCGCUGAAGGAGCUGAUCUCUGGGCACUUUGGAGAGGACAGUGCCUCCUAUGAGGCUGAAAUCAAGGAGCUGGGAGACCUGCGGCAGGCCAUUCGGACCCCCAGCCGGAGUGAGGCGGGCCUGGAGCUGCUCAUGGCCUACUACACCCAGCUCUGCUUCCUGGACGCGCGCUUCGUUGCCCCUCCCGGGAACCUCGGGCUACUCUUCCACUGGUACGACUCGCUCACGGGUGUCCCGGCCCAGCAGCGGGCCCUGGCCUUCGAGAAGGGCAGUGUGCUUUUCAACAUCGGGGCCCUCCACACCCAGAUCGGGGCUCGCCAGGACCGCUCCUGCCCCGAGGGCACCAGGCGCGCCGUGGAGGCCUUUCAGAAGGCUGCUGGGGCCUUCAGCCUCCUGAGGGAGAACUUUUCCCGAGCACCCAGCCCUGACAUGAGCCCGGCCUCGCUCUGCAUGCUGGAGGGACUCAUGACUGCCCAGGCCCAAGAGUGCAUCUUUGAGGGUCUCUUGCUGCCGUCUCCUGAAGCCCCCCAGGAUUGCCGGGCCCAGCUACGCCUGGCUCAGGAGGCAGCCCAGGUGGCAGCUGAGUACAGGCAGGUGCACCGGACCAUGACCCAGCCACCUGUCCGAGACUACGUGCCCUUCCCCUGGACCACCCUGGUGCACGUCAAGGCGGAGUACUUCUGCGCCCUGGCCCACUACCACGCGGCCGUGGCCCUCUGCGACAGCCCCCGUGAGUGCCCUGGCCCGCCCGUGCUGGCACAGGCCCUGGCGUGGAGGGGCUCACGGCCCUCUCUGACCCCAGCAGCAGCCGAGGAGGACUCCCCAGUGCUGCCGCAGGCCUUCCUUGGGCCCCCGGCCACGUCGGAGGCGCGGGGCGCCGUGCUGCCUCAGGAGCAGGAGGAGCGCAGGAAUCUGGGCAAGGCCCACCUGAAGCGCAGCAUCCUGGGCCAGGAGGAGGCGCUGCGGCUGCAUGCCGUGUGCCGGGCCCUGCGCAGAGUGGACCUGCUGCAUGCUGUGCUGGCCCAGGCGCUGCAGCGUUCGCUGGCCAAGUACUCGGAGCUCGACCGCGAGGACGACUUCUUGGAGACCGCCGAGGCUCCUGACAUCCAGCCUAAAACACAGCAGAAGCCAGAGAUCAGGGCGCCCAGCUUCUCCAGGGUGAAGGUGACCGAUAUCUUCCAGCGGCUGGGGCCCCUGUCAGUGUUUUCGGCCAAGAACCACUGGCGGCUGGCCGGGCCUGUGCGCGUGACCCGUGGAGAGGCCGGCUUUGGGCUCACGCUGCGCGGAGACGCGCCUGUCCUCGUUGCUGCUGUCAUCCCCGGGGGCCCGGCCGCGGCAGCCGGCCUGCAGGAGGGCGACUACAUCGUGUCCCUGAACGGGCAGCCCUGCAAGUGGUGGAGGCACGCCGAGGUGGUGGCGCAGCUGAAGGGCGUGGGUAACGAGGGUGUGAGCCUGCAGGUGGUCACGCUGCUGCCCCGGGCGGAGCCCCCUGGCACGGGGCACCACCGGCCAGCCCUGGGAGGGCUUCUGAGGAUCCAGAAGGAGUGUGGGUGGGGGACACCAGCUCCUGCACGAGCCAGCCCCAGGCGCUUCCUUGGCUGGAGCCGCAAGGCCAAGAGGGGCAAGACCACAGGGAGGCUGUCCCCUCAGCCCUGAGCUGCGUGCCACCCUCCCCCUCUGGGAUCCCAGCGCCCCCACACCCACAGUACGUCCUCCUCCGUCCUGAGGCACUUUCAGGCCAGUUGGCUGCCCCCCACCCCGUGCCCAGAGCUGCCCAUUAAAGACCACGUCACAUGA